AAGAGUUUUCCGACUUCACUCAUGUCUGCAGGACGAGACUUUUCCAGCGAAGAUGAGGCGUUCACGAGCAUGUUCCCUAUCCACCGCGCUUGUCGCGAUGGUGAUGUUGGAGCUUUGCUGUCACUGUACCAGCAUCACACUCACCUAACAGCCGAGGACUCCUGCUACGGUUGGACCCCCAUUCACUGGGCUGCUCGCUGUGGACAGUUGGAGUGUGUCAUGCGCCUGGUGCAGAUGGGUUGCGACGUGAAUACGGUGUCCAGUCGCUUGAACCUGACCCCAACACACACAGCUGCGAUUGGCGGCCAUCCUCGCUGUGUUUUGUGGCUAUCACAGGCUGGUGCCGAUGUCAACCGGCAGGACUUUUUGGGUGAAGCCCCCCUCCACAAGGCUGCCAGGGCAGCUUCCAUGGAGUGCAUCCAAGUGCUGCUGAUAGCAGGCGCGAAACUACAUUUAAGGAACACCAGCGGGCAGACUGCAGCUGACCUCGCGCUCACUCACGGAUUCCACGACUGCCUCCACCUCAUCUCCAACCUGCAGGAGAAUCUACGCCAAUUCAGUGCGCUCCAGACUAAUGGGGAAAGGAAUGGGAACAGUCCCGGUCUGCUCUGUAGAAAGAGGCUGCAGUCUGCUUUUGAGAAUGGUCAAAUGAAGAAGGCAAGGAGAGAUGGGUUUCUGCUGAUGCAGCAUUCCGCACUUGAGAAUAGUAUGGAUUCCAUCUGUGGAACAGAUGUUGCCACUGUCACCGACAGCGUUCAUCCACCCUCUCCUGUUGACCACGACGAUGAGCCAAUGAAAAGCAUUCCAGCCUGUGAUGAAGUUUCCACACGUCUGUCUUGGCAACGAGAUUCGUCACCCAGUCAGCUCAACUCAGCAGAGAUGUGCGGGUCACUGCAUAUGACAGAAAGCCCCAACAGCUGUGUGUCCCAUAGGCCGGCGUUGCAGAGCCUGUUGGGAGCUGAUUGUGGGGAAUUUCUGCAUUAUGGACACUAUCAUGGCUUUGGGGACACAGCAGAGGAGCUGUCUGACAGAGCCCACAUUGGUCCCAAGUCCUUUCAAAAUGCAGAAAGUACCAUGCAUCUGUGCCAAGACUCAUAACCCUAAGGCCUUAAUGUUUUUUUUUUUUUUUCAAAGAUUAAAACUCAUCUCCCAGAAUUGGUUCAUGAUAGUGAUAUCACUUUUUUUGGACACAUUUUGGGAAUGAGCUCCUGGUGCUCUCUUAUCUGACUCCUGCUUGUAUAAAAUUGUUUCUCCCA